UCGUACACCAAAGAUUCGACGUGUCAGGUGGUGUUUCAGAGUCGAUCGCGUUCCGUCCGUCUGAAUCAUGUUUUAUCGAUGACGCGUGCGGCCAUGCAUCGCGCGGAGGAGAGAGUCGACGGAAAGGAGCAGGUCUGUGCCCGCCUCGCGCGGAAGAGGUGGCGCCGUUUUCGAAGCGACUUCUCUUAGCCGGCCACGCCUGCGAUGCGCGGGCCCGCAGGUGGCUUUGAAUUCGCCGACAGAGCGCGGGGAGCGAAGGCAAGUGACCAGAGCGCGAGCGCGCUGCGAGACGCGGUGAUUGGCCUGGAGUUGUUAUUUGGGCCACAGAGAGCUUCAAACCUUGUGUGUUGUCCUAUGUGUAUAUAUAAAAUUUUUACGAGCGAGUGUCAUUCGUUUUUGACGUGGCUCGACAAACCAUGGCCGAACCCGUGGCCACAGAUGGCCUCGCUCGCGCGGACGCGGACGCUUCGAUGGGUGCGAGUAAGCCGGAAGAGCUAAAGGCUCGCAAGGAGGAAAAGCGGAAGGAGAAGCAGGCUAUGAAGGCGGCCAAGAUCGCCAAGGCAUUGGCCAAGCAGGAGAAGAAAAAGCAGCAGGCCGGCGAAGGCGAGCGGCGCGAAAAGGGGGUGUCCAAGCAGAUUCGUUUGAAGAGAGAGUUCGUGCACGAAAUCAAGCUCGGAGAGAAAAAGGAUUUGUCAUUGAAUCCGUUGACGUCGGAGUCGUCGUACGACCCGCCGGCCGUCGAGGCGGCGUGGUAUGCGUGGUGGGAGUGCAUGGGCUUCUUUGACCCUGACAGGAGAGACGAAUUUCGCCGUCCUUCUCCUUCGUCUUCUGAGGUGUUCUCGAUGGUGAUUCCUCCGCCCAACGUCACGGGUAUGUUGCACAUAGGCCACGCGCUGGCGAACUCGGUUCAAGACGCGUUGGUUCGAUACCACCGAAUGAUGGGCAGGCGCGUUUUGUGGGUACCGGGAACGGACCACGCGGGGAUUGCCACUCAGUCGACGGUGGAGAAGAGGUUGUACAAGGAGAAGGGCUUGACUCGUCACGAGUUGGGGCGAGAGAGGUUCCUGGAGUACGUGCACGAGUGGAAGAACAAGUACGCCGGUCAGAUCGUUCACCAGCUGCGAAGGCUCGGCUCGAGUCUGGAUUGGAGCCGCGAGUGUUUCACGAUGGACGCUCGGCUGAGCAGGGCGGUGACGGAGGCGUUCGUCUUGCUCUACAACCGAGGAAAGAUAACCAGAAGGACUCGCUUGAUCAACUGGAGUUGCCAGCUGCAGACGGUGGUUUCGGACAUUGAGACAGAGUCGAUUCAAGUGUCGCCGAUGAUGAAGAUGAGCGUGCCUGGAUACGACCCGAGUAAGCGGUACCAGUUUGGCGCGAUAUGGAACGUCGCGUACAAGUUGGUGGAUUCCGAGGACGAGUUGGUGGUUUCGACGACGCGCCCGGAGACGAUAUUGGGAGAUACGGCGCUGGCGGUGCACCCGGACGACGAGAGGUACAAGCGGUUCGUCGGUCGACGGGUGGCGCACCCUUUUAUACCCAGUCGCCGGAUGAGCGUGGUGGCCGAUUCCACGUUGGUGGACAUGGAGUUCGGAACGGGCGUGGUGAAAAUCACACCUGCGCACGACCGAAACGAUUAUUCGUGUGGGGAGCGCCAUGGUUUAGAAGUGAUCAACAUCUUGAACACGGACGGGACCAUCAACGAAAACGGGGGUCCCUUCAAGGGGUUGAAGCGCUAUGACGCGCGCGAGGCGGUGGUGGCGAGGUUGAAGGAGAUGAACUUGCUUCGAGAGGUUUUGCCCCACGAGUAUUUGCUGCAGAUCUGUUCGCGAUCUGGAGACGUCAUCGAGCCGAUGAUCAUGCCGCAGUGGUGGGUCAGGUGCGCGGACAUGUCGAAGACGGCGCUCGACGCGGUCGAGAGCGGUGAGCUGGAAAUCGUGCCGUCGAUUCACGUGCCGGUUUGGAAGUCUUGGCUCAGGAACUGCCAGGAUUGGUGCGUUUCUCGCCAGCUUUGGUGGGGGCACCGCGUGCCAGCCUGGCUCGUGACGCUGAAGGGUCAGGGGCCGACGGACAGUGCGGACGAGGAGGCGUGGGUGGUGGCCAGAGACGAGCGAGAGGCGGCAGAGUUGGCGGAAAGGAGAUGGCCUGGUCAAGUGGAGAGGCUGGAACAAGAUCCAGACGUUUUGGACACGUGGUUUAGUUCUUCCUUGUUUCCGUUUUCGGUGUUUGGGUGGCCGAACCACGGCUCGAACGCGCGCGACGCGAGGGACUUCGAGACGUUCUUCCCCAACACGGUGCUCGAGACGGGACACGACAUUUUGUUCUUCUGGGUCGCGCGCAUGGUGAUGAUGAGUCUGGAGCUUCACAACAGGCUGCCGUUCAAGAAGGUGUUGCUGCACGCGAUCGUGCGAGACGCGCACGGCCGAAAGAUGUCCAAGAGUCUGGGCAACGUGAUCGACCCGCUGGAGGUGAUAGAGGGGAUCUCCAAAGAGGCGCUGAUCGAAAACUUGCACAAGGGGAACCUGCACCCGUCCGAGGUGGCCAGAGCGACACAGGUGAUCGAAAACGACUUUCCCAACGGGAUAGAAGAGUGCGGGACGGACGCGCUGAGGUUCGCGCUGUGCAACUACACCUCGCAAUACCGGGACAUCAACAUGGACAUCAUGAGAGUGAGGGGAUACAGGAACUUCUGCAACAAAAUUUGGAACGCCGUGAAGUUGACACUGAUGAUACUGGGCGAGUUACCUGGACCGGGCGCGGCGAGUGCAACGAACGAGGACAAGAAGAGGUUGUCCGCCUUCGUGCCGUGCACGCUGGAAUCUCUUGCGUCGCGCGUAUCUCCGUCCGGCGGAGGCGUCGGCGGCGUGGUCGACCAGUGGAUUCUCUCCAGACUGGACAACGCGAUAAGCGGGUGCCACGCCGCCUACGCUCAGGACGACCUCUCGACGGCGACCACCGUCAUCUACAACUUUUGGCUUUACGAAUAUUGCGACUAUUACUUGGAGUACGCCAAAUCGGUCGCCUUCGCAGCGAAUCCCGACCCGACCUCGCUGGAGAUGGUUCGACAGAGCGCGUUCGUUUGCGCCGAAGAAGGUCUCCGUCUUUUGCACCCGUUCAUGCCUUAUUUGUCCGAGGACCUUUGGCAGCGCUUGCCCCGCCGUCCGGAGCUGGAGGGCGUUCCCUCCAUCUGCGUUGCGCCCUACCCAGUGGCCGUGGACGGCCGUCGAAACGCGGAGGUCGAAAAAGCCGUCGGAACCGCCCAGGAGGUGAUCCGAGCCGUGAGGUCAAUUCGCUUCAACUACCACAUCCAUCGCCGACAGUCCCCAGAACUGCUGGUUCACGUGCACACUCAGGAACACAUGGAGCUGUACGCGACCUACCGCGACUUCAUCCGCGUGUUGACCUGCUCGAGCGCCGUGAAGAUCGAGCUCGGGGGAGAGGUCCCCGCCAGGUGCGCGGUCGCCGUCCCGAACGAGACGUGCGAGGUGUACCUGUUCAUCAGGGACGUGGUGGACGCGGCGCAAGAGCUCAAGCGACUCACGGAGAAGGCCGGACAGCUGGGGCAAAAGAGAGAAGAAAUGCUGAAGCGCAUGGGAUCCGCCGAAUACCAGCGAGUUCCGGACAGGGUCAGAGCGGAGGAGGCGAAGAAACUAGAAACUCUGGAGAGCGAGCUGGCCAAUCUCGAUGUAGCCAAAAUGAACUUUUCGAAAUUGGUUUAAAAAAAAAAAAAAAAGAAAAAA